AUGACCGGAGUAGUUCCUGUAAUUGCCGUCGGCGCCCUCCUUCAGGCUGCUCACAACAGCAUCGCGGAGGAAUAUUUCUUAAAGAUGCUCAUCAAUGGAAUAGGUGUGGUGUAUGGUUUCCGCCUGACCUCAGGUUGUUAUAAUAUGAUCAUCGCGGUCGAGAGGUGCGCGUGUGUCGUAUUUCCGCUCAAGGCAGCGUCGAUGUUGCGCACUCGCACUAUGGGCGUGUUGCUGGCUGUGUGCUUUUUCCUAAUGCAGUUUGGCUACACUGUCAUCCCUCUUCAGCUACGCGUGGUCAGUGCUAAUGUAGGGGACACGGUACAGUGGCGGUACGUGCCCACACAGAUGUUUCUCGACAACAAGGAUCUGUUUCAAACAAUAGAGAUGUCAGUCCUGACAGUGUCACUGCCAAUCACCACGUUCCUUGUGGUGUCUGUCACGGUUGUCAUCACCGUCAUUAAGCUGACAGCAGCAGUCAAGUGGCGAGAGAAGACGAGUUCGACAAGCGGCGAGAAAGCGGGUCACCAGACGGCGCUGACCAAGAUGCUUCUGCUCGUGUCCUUCAUCUACAUCUGUACCAUGAUCCCUAGCGUGUCGCUGACCAUUACUCGACUCGUUGUCCAGGACUUUUCGGCGUCUGGUCGUUAUUAUUACCUGUUCAUGGGGUCCCACAUCGUCGCCAACGUGUGUCCUCUGGUUCACAGCGCUUCCAACUUCUUCGUUUACUACAACAGGUCGUCUCGCUUCAGGUCCGUCAUCCUCCACACCAGUUGCCUGCAAUGUGCCAUCAAAAAACAGAAAAACUAA